AUGUUAAUCGCUUUUUUUGAUGCGCCAGGAGGCCAGAAUGGCAGGUGCGCGGUGAACAAGGGGAAGCUCGUGAGGCAUGGGCUCAGAGAGACAGACGGAAUCGCGCUGCCCACUGCCGUGUCGGCCACUCUUCCCUGUGGUCUGCUUCUCGAAGGUUCCGUUCGCAGAGCGCUUCAUUUCCACAAGGGUAAUAUCAAAAUAUACGUUCCUAAAACGUCACUGAGUUCACCACCUUGGCCAGAAGUUGUUGUGCCGGACCCCGUCGAGGAGGCCAGACACCACGCAGAGGUCGUGGAGAAGGUGAACGAGCUGAUCGCCCGGGGCCGCUACGGCAGGCUCUUUGCCGUGGUGCACUUUGCCAGCCACCAGUGGAAGGUGACCUCUGAAGACCUGAUUUUAAUUGAAAACAAGUUAGACGUUGCGUGUGGAGAGAGGAUCCGGUUGGAGAAGGUCCUGCUGGUUGGGGCCGACGACUUCACGCUGCUCGGCAGACCCCUCCUCAGAAAGGAUCUUGUUCAAGUAGAAGCCACAGUCAUUGAAAAGACAGAAUCGUGGCCAAAAAUCAAUAUGAGAUUCAAGAAAAGGAAAAACUACAAAAGGAAAAGAAUUAUCGUGAGUCCUCAGACCGUCCUCCGGAUAAACACCAUCAAGAUUGCUCCAUGUCUGUGCUGAUCGUCAACCUAAUGUUUCUAGAAAUAUAAAAAUAAAUCCAUUUUCCGAGGAGA